AUGAGAUCUCGAGUAUACCUCGAAACUAGCGCCACCGCACAGCUGACCAAGAAGAGCCCAGGCCCGAGCAAGCUGAUUGGCGGCGGAGACAACGCGUCCUCCGAGGCUUCCAUCAGGAGAAGUACCAGGCACCGGAGGGUUCGCGGCGAGCGGGAGUUACAGGUCUCAUCCACCGACACUGUUCGGGACCUCAAGCUCAAGUCCGUUCGUUCUGGUUUUGGCCCCUCCGGAGAACUCGUAGGAUAUUCCGUCUGGUCAUCAUCAUCCCGCCCCAUCCUUUGCCGAUGUAGCGCUCCAGUGGACACCGAACAUCACAUGAGGAGGAGAUCACGGAGUGCGGAUUUCUUCAACCGCUGGCUCAUUUCCGGCCUGGAUGUUGAAGAACUCUUGAAGAUGAGAAGUCAGAACUGGAAGUAA